GCAGUCCAUCACUCUCAUCUCAUCUCAUCUCAUCUCGUCUCUCACACUCAAUAUCGCGGAAGACCCGCAUCGGGUUCUACAGUAGGUAUGCAGGUGGAGUGUAAUAAUAACCAGGACAUGCGAAGCACACACACACCAUCGAACCUAUAUGCGGCUCUCAACCCUCCACGUGCACCAUCACCUGGGUAUCAUCGUCCCUCUCGUCGAUCCGUGCAUUGAUGCCUCCUCUUCUGCGGGAUCGCUUCGCAUCGCAUCGCAUUGCAUUGGCACACUUGCACACGGACUGGACUGCACUGACUACUGCACAUGUGAGGAAUCGAGGGUCAGUCCGUGUUGAUGAUCAGUCUACCCUUCUCUCUCUCUCUGUCACCCUCUCUCUCUUUCUCGGGACGGACUCCCCAGCCACCGCCGAGGGAGAACAAAUCUCGCGAGGAGGAGAGGGACUCUUCGCUUUCGGAUGAAUUGUGGGCAUUGCACUCACCGUUC